AUGCUGAAGCGCAUCGCUCUCGGCCUGCUGGCCGCUCGAAGCGCCGUUGCGUUACGCUUCGGCAUGUACAUCGAUGAAUAUCACACUGUCGAUCUUCCCGGGAGCGAUCAGACAGCCGGCAUCGACUAUGCAAUCAUGGCAUUUGCUCCCACAAAAAUCUUCAACUCCGAUUCUACUCCCGCGUUCACACCAUUUGAGCCCGUGGAUACCAUGCGUAAGCGAUUCGGACCCGACACGAAGCUCAUGAUUGCAAUUGGUGGCUGGGGCGAUACAGCGGGCUUCUCCGAAGGGGCCAAAGACGAAACAUCACGGAAACGCUUUGCGAAAAAUGUCGCCGCAAUGCUGGAUGCGAACAAAUUUGACGGUGUUGACAUUGACUGGGAGUAUCCCGGCGGCAACGGCCAGGACUACAAGCAAGUUCCCAACUCGGCCAAGGUCGACGAAAUCGAGACUUAUCCCUUGUUCCUUGCGGCUAUUCGUGAAGCCAUUGGUGACAAGGUCCUGUCUAUUGCGGUUCCCGGCCGCCGCCAGGACUUCAUCGCCUUCACCAAAGAGCAGGGUCCAGCCAUCUUCAAGUCGGUCGAUAUGGUCAAUGUUAUGACAUACGAUCUCAUGAAUCGUCGCGACAAUGUCACCGCGCACCACACCGAUGUGCAAGGAUCCCUCGACACCAUCCAGGCAUACCUUGAUAUUGGUGCUGAGCCUGAGAAAUUGAACCUUGGCUUUGCUUACUACGCCAAAUGGUUCACCACCGACCCCAAGUCCGACUGCAAAGAGCACCCCAUUGGCUGCAGCGUCAUCCAGCUGGAGAACGACGAUGGUUCUGACAAUGGAAAGAGCGGUGCCUUUACCUUCGAGAAGGGCAAUAUGGCUGCUCCUCCCGCUAAUCUCAAGGCGUCCUCCAACGGCAAGUGUGGAUAUGCUGAGGCUUCCAAAUGUCCCGAGGGAUCUUGCUGCAGUGCGUAUGGCAAUUGUGGCACCGGGGACGACUUUUGCAUGGCUGGAUGCCAGUCUGACUACGGCACUUGCAAGGGCAUCUCUAUCACCGAUUCCUGGCGUCGCGCCACUAAGGACGGCAUGACUGACGACAAGGCUGGUGGUCAGUACUACUGGGAUGAGUCGACCAAUCUGUUCUGGUCCUGGGAUACUCCGGAGCUGAUUGCUCGCAAGUUUGCGGACAUCGUCAAGGCUAAGAACAUUGGUGGAGUGAUGGCGUGGUCGCUGGGCGAGGACACUGACUCUUUUGCGCAUCUCAAAGCCAUGCAGGAUGGUGUGAGCAAUGCAUGA